AAAGUCACCGGUAGAGAGUCGGAUGUGGUCUGGUCGCUGGUGGAGGAAGUUAUUUUGUUUUGUGAGUUUGUUUGUUGAUUGGUUGCGGCUAAAUUAACCUGUUUAAACGCGCACAGUGACGCGUGUUUCAUCGUAAAUGACUGGAGUUGCGUGUUUUCAGUGAUACACCGAUGACAGAAAGUGAUUAAAGGGUGGAACUCGGACUGGAAGUAACCCGAGCACUUUGCUAGCCGAACCGAGCCGAGCCCAGCUGCAGCCAUGGGGAACCGGGGGAUGGAGGAAUUGAUCCCCCUGAUCAAUAAACUUCAGGAUGCUUUCAGCUCCAUCGGGCAGAGCUGUAAUUUGGAUUUACCGCAGAUCGCCGUGGUGGGCGGACAGAGCGCCGGAAAGAGCUCGGUUUUGGAAAAUUUCGUCGGCAGGGAUUUUCUCCCUCGUGGUUCCGGAAUCGUCACUCGCAGGCCUCUUGUUCUGCAGCUAAUCAACAACAAAGCAGAGUAUGCUGAGUUCCUGCACUGUAAAGGGAAGAAGUUUGUGGAUUUUGAGGAGGUUCGUGCGGAGAUCGAGAAUGAGACGGACAGGAUCACGGGCUCGAAUAAAGGAAUCUCCCCCAUUCCCAUCAACCUGAGAGUCUACUCCCCUAACGUGUUGAAUCUGACCCUCAUCGACCUGCCAGGGAUGACCAAGGUUGCUGUGGGCGACCAGCCGCCGGACAUCGAGCAUCAGAUCCGGGACAUGCUCUUACAGUUCAUCACUAAAGAGAGCUGCCUGAUCCUCGCAGUCACACCGGCCAACACCGACCUGGCCAACUCCGACGCGCUCAAGAUCGCCAAGGAGGUGGACCCUCAGGGUCUGCGCACUAUCGGCGUGAUCACGAAGCUGGACCUGAUGGACGAGGGAACGGACGCUCGAGACAUCCUGGAGAACAAGCUGCUGCCGUUGCGCAGAGGCUACGUCGGCGUGGUGAACCGCAGCCAGAAGGACAUCGACGGCAGGAAGGACAUCCGAGCUGCUCUGGCUGCUGAGAGGAAGUUCUUCCUUUCUCACCCUUCUUACAGACACAUCGCUGAGCGAAUGGGAACGCCGCACCUGCAGAAGACCCUCAACCAGCAAUUGACUAACCACAUCCGGGACACGUUGCCUGGUUUACGGAGUAAGUUGCAGUCGCAGCUCCUGUCUCUGGAGAAAGAGGUGGAGGAGUACAAGAACUUCCGUCCUGACGACCCGACGCGCAAGACCAAGGCUCUGCUGCAGAUGGUGCAGCAGUUCGGCGUGGACUUUGAGAAGUGUAUCGAGGGCUCAGGAGAUCAGGUGGACACAGUGGAGCUGUCUGGAGGAGCCAGGAUCAACCGCAUCUUCCACGAGCGCUUCCCCUUCGAACUGGUCAAGAUCGUGUUUGAUGAGAAGGAGCUGCGGCGAGAGAUCAGUCAUGCCAUUAAGAACGUCCACGGUGUCAGAACGGGGCUGUUCACCCCUGACCUGGCCUUUGAGGCCAUCGUGAAAAAGCAGAUCCUCAAACUGAAAGCUCCCAGUCUGAAGUGCGUGGACAUGGUGGUGACCGAGCUCACUACGCUCGUCAGGAAGUGUGCCAGCAAGCUGAACUCGUACCCCCGGCUGAGAGAGGAGACGGAGAGAAUAGUCACUACAUACGUCCGCGAGAGGGAGGGCAAAACAAAGGACCAGGUUCUGUUGCUGAUCGACAUCGAGCUGUCUUACAUCAACACCAACCACGAGGACUUCAUCGGAUUUGCCAAUGCACAACAGAGAACACUCGCAAACAAGAAAAGGCCCAUUCCAAACCAGGGUGAAAUACUGGUGAUCCGCAAAGGCUGGCUCACCAUCAACAUCAGCUUCAUGAAAGGAGGAUCCAAGGAGUACUGGUUCGUCCUGACCGCCGAGUCCCUGUCCUGGUACAAGGAUGAAGAGGAAAAAGAGAAGAAAUACAUGCUUCCUCUGGACAACCUGAAGCUCAGAGACGUAGAAAAAGGCUUCAUGUCCACCAAACACACCUUCGCUAUCUUUAACACGGAGCAAAGGAACGUUUAUAAAGACCUGCGGCAGAUCGAGCUGGCGUGCGAUUCCCAGGAAGACGUGGACAGCUGGAAGGCCUCGUUCCUCCGAGCGGGCGUGUACCCUGAGAAAGAUCAGACAGAGGCAGAUGAGGGAGCUCCAGUAGACACCUUCUCCAUGGACCCUCAGCUGGAGAGGCAGGUGGAAACGAUCCGUAACCUGGUGGACUCCUACAUCGGCAUCGUCAACAAGACCAUCAGAGACCUGAUGCCUAAGACCAUCAUGCACCUCAUGAUCAACAACGCAAAGGACUUCAUCCACUCGGAGCUGCUGGCCUACCUGUACUCUUCAGGGGAUCAGAACAGUCUGAUGGAGGAGUCGGCCGAUCAGGCUCAGAGGAGGGACGAGAUGCUGCGCAUGUACCACGCCCUCAAGGAGGCACUCAGCAUCAUCGGUGACAUCAGCACCUCCACCGUCUCCGUGCCCAUGCCUCCGCCCGUCAAUGACACCUGGAUCCAGGAGGCCAGCCCCACCCCUCAGCGAAGGCCAAACUCCAUGGCCCCGCCCCCUAGCAGGCCUCCAGCAGUAAGAGGCCCUACUCCCGGGCCUCCUCUAAACCCUUCCCCUGCUUUUGGUGCUCCUCCCAUCCCGUCAAGACCGGGACAGCCCAGCAACGCCUUCAGCAACAGCGGUCAGGACCCGUUCAGUGCACCGCCUCAGGUGCCCUCUCGCCCGGCGCGCGUUCCCCCUGGGGUGCCCAGCCGAAGACCUCCUGGCGCUCCCACCCGGCCCACCAUAAUCCGCCCUGCUGAGCCCUCCCUUCUAGACUAGGCCUUCACUACACACACACACACACACACACACACACACACACACACACCUGCAAAUAUGGGCCAAUAAAGAGAAACCGAGAGCGGGGAGGAGGCUGCAGGGUUAGAACACUGCGGAUUUGGGGGAUUUGUAUCUGUACAUCUGCCCUGACCAAUAAAUAUCCACCUGUUUAGUUCAUUCAGACUGUUUUCUGAGUAAAAAAAUAAAUAAAAAGCUGCUAAUUUCCUUCUUUAGGCACAAGAUUGAAAUUCCAUAUGCAGACUGUGUCCUUAGUACAAUUAGUCAAACCACUUCUUUCUUUUUUUUUUUUUCUUCCCUUCAUUAUUUACUCGGUUGGCCUCCAGGGGGCGCUGCUUUAACCAUGCGUCAAUGAGAUUCACAUUGGGUGAUUUGUGUUUUUGUUUUUUUGUUUUUCCCUUGAAUGUAAAACAGCAUCUGCUCACUAGGAACUAGCCGAGACUUUUUUUUUUUUUCAUUUAUAGUAUAUAUAAAUAUAAUUUUUUUUUUAACCCAUCUCGACUAACAGAAAAGAAAAGAUGCUGUUAUACUUGUGACUCUUCCAUGAUCAUCUUCCCAGCCGUUAGAAUCCAGCGAUCACUCCGUAGUUUAAGUCUCGAACCACUGUUUAAAGAGCGCUGAGGUUUUUAUUAGCAGGAGGUCUGGAUUCUCCGACGUAAACGGCGUGUUAAACGCAUAGACGCCGCUGUUUAACGAUUUCGACUUCGUAACAGCAGUCCGUGUAUAUGAAAAAUAAUCUGGAAGCGCAGUAACCACUCGCGUGCUGGGAAUUAUUCCGUCUUGGCUACUAUAGCAUCUCAGGUUUUCCUGACUGGUUCACCUAAUUUAGUCGUGUUUAUAUAAUUUAAAUUCAUCUCUCGAGGCCUCGGUUGCCUUUAUUUCAUGUCGUUCAGGGACGGAACGAGGAUCGUUUGGAGCGUACGAAGGACGUAAAGGGGUAGUUUGACUAAACGGUCGCGAACAAGAGAUUAUAGUUAGCGGAUGAGCGACGAGGCAGAUAUAUCGGAAAUACAGACUCAAAUUUUUACGAUGUGUUUCUUGCGCGAGCGAAACAGUAACCUCGGUUAAGUUAUUUAUUAAGUGAAUAGAACGAAUAUGAAACAGCUGGUACAUUUGGUCUUCGAGAGGAUGUUAGAGAGGAUGUCUUGACCAGUCCUGGGGGUGGGGGGAGGGGUGCGUUUGUUGUUUUUUGCAUGAAUUAAUCCUAUUGUUAGCAUAAUUUGGUCCAAACUACCCCUCAGGUCGGAGAUUUUAACCCAGAUUGGAUGGAACUGUAUGAACAGGGUCUCAAAAUGGAGCCCUUUUUUUUAGCGCUGAUUACGUACAUGGACUGUAAUAUGCUUCCUUUUUUUAAAGUAAUAAUAGUAAUCAAAAAGGAAAAGUCGUGUUCGUUUGUGUAUCAGCGAAUGGAAAUGCAAAGAUGCUGAUGUUGCAAGACAUUGGUGCUUUUAAAGUUGGUUACUAAUAAACGUAUUAACAGGGCUAGGGGACGGGGGACGGCUUUGGGAAAGUAUACACUUGCAGUUUGGGUUAUUAUUAUUAUUAUUAUUUUUCCCUUUUUGAGUGUAUUAUUUAUAACCCGGGCAUUUGUCAUCGAUGUUUUUUGAUUUCCUUUUUCUUUUGUUGUUGUUGUUGUUUGUCACUUUGCUUUCGGAGAAAUGACACGUAGGACAGUGCAGGGAGAAGGUCUGAAAACGCCACGUCUCGUCUCGUCUCGAAUGAAUGAAUAUGAAUGAAUGAAUAAAUAAGAGCUGCAGGAGGGGGAGGGGCUAAGGAAUUACAAUUGGACCUAGCAUCAGUCCCUGUGGGUUUCCUCUGAUCAGAUCGCAGAAUGACGGUCUUUGGUGUUUGAUUUUAUUUAACAAGUUCAAAAAGGGUGUUAGCGUUGAUAAGGAUCAUGAUGGUGGUGAUUUUUUCUGGGUUUUGCCUUCGGAUUAAUUUGCGAUUUAAACUCUGACAUGGAGAAGGGAAGGGGCGUGUCUGGAUAAUUCCAGUAUCUCAAAAUGAAAUGCGUACGUUAACUGAUUUAAAAUAAGCUCGAAUUUACAGCGAGGACAAUUCUCUGAUUCGCUGUGGCUACAAUAACAAUAAAAAUGUCCAGUCCUGUGCAAAAGUCUUGGCACUUUUUUUUUUUGCCUCCCAUAAAAACUUUGUUAUAGAUUUCAAUUUUACGACUUCUACACUGAGUCAAAACAUUACAGAAACAUUUUAGAGUUCCAAACGUUAAUUUUUUUCCAGCACAAAAUUAAAUGUUACAGGACAGAAAAAGGUUUGUAUCUGAGCAGCGUAUUCCAUAAGAGAACACUUUUCAGAUUAAAAAAGAAAACAUAACGAAGGCUGCUGAGUUUUGGUGCAAAAUGAAGAAGCGAGUGGGACAGUCAAAGUGUCCAGAAGAACUGCGGCUGGUUCUGGAAGACGCUCAGUAAAACCUACAGCUCAUUUCCGCAUAAAACUGCACUCACUGCAGUCACUGAGACGCCUAUGGGUCGUCUCACACCAAAUAUCGACUUUAUAUUGAUUUAUGAUGGUUUACUGCUGUUUGAAACAUUUUCGUUUCAUUAUUUUGAAGCCGUUUUUGGUCUGCAGUAUUUCUUUACAUGUACCGAAGACUUUUCCACAGGACUGAAUGACUUCUUGUAGCCACGCCUUUGUAACGGACCGUGUAGAGCGUAAUCUCUCCUCCGAAACUCUCCACGCGUCUCAUCUUUUCGGUUUCUGGAUGACCACCCUGUAUAGUUCUCCUGUUUGUACUUAAAAUUUUAUUUUAUUUUAUUUUUUGUUUCUUUUGAAAUCAUCAAUCCUUGUCAAGUGCCUCUGUAGCAAUUAAUGCACUCUGAGCAAAUGAUAAAUGGUGGAAAAUUGGAAAAAACAAAGGAGCUAAUAAAGAGGUAUUGUGUACAAUAAAA